AUGACGGUGUGUAUACAAGUGUUGUGCCUGUCAAUUGAUGACUUCCAAGCUGAUGACAACAACUCGUACAUCAUACUGGGUGGGAACCAUUUAGUAUCAGCUAUGAAGCUUAUCAUGGCGGAUCAGACCAGCAGUGAUUAUGAAUGCCUAGGCAAAGUCAAUGCGCAGGUGUAUGUGGGAUUAAAUGAUGUGGAAGCGUUGUACUUGUCAUCCCUCCACAAUGCUAAGACAAAAACACUACAGCUGUCCUUCCAGGAUAAAGUACGAGUUGCCCGACGGGCAUAUAUGAAAAAUGAGGACUCGUGGAAAGAAGAGGCUGUUGUAUCUUUGGGAUACAUAGAGGGAAAGACGCAUACGAAGGCCGGUUUGUCCACAAUCUUAUCAGUGGCAUGUUAUUCCACAAAUAAUUACCUGCUAGUUGAACAAGUGUUCAACCACUUCAGUGAUGGAUCGUUCCCCCAAAUGCUGUUCCGAAACUUACAGUCAGUCGCAGAUGAUAAGAGGACCCCCUACCUGUCCAAAGCUGUUGGGACGAACGGAGUAAAAGUGUCCCGAAUCAUUGUGGCAGACAAACGGAGGGAAAACUUAAAGAUCCUUGCAUGUCAGUCGCUAAACCAGCAAACAUGGGAAGAUGUUGAAGAACAUUUCUUCAAAUCUGAAGAAAUGCUCCGUUACACGGGAGAAAUUUCUUCACCUGAAGGAAGGGGGAGAUAUGUCACUUUUGUGAACAAACUUUCAUUGAACAGUGACAAUUGUGUAAUAAUUUCCAUAAUUGUUAAUGGAAUUGAGAGGACAUUCGACAAUGAGAUACUCGGGAAGAAAAUCAAAGAAAUCAAGACAUUGGUCGAAAAAGAAAUAAUGAAUGAGGAAUAAUGCAAUUUUAUUAUAGUAAUGCACUUCGUCCGUCUGUCAGUUCAUCCGUCCGUCCGUCCAUCUGUCCGUCUGUAUCAUUUAUUGUCCAGCCUAUAACUUAUUUAUGCAUUGAUUGAUAACCAUAUUACUUGGUACAAAUGUUGUCCUCAUUGAUGAUGUGCAGUGACCUUGACUCGGAUCAAUACAUCAAAGGUCAAGGUCACACGAGACAUUAAAAGGUCAGAGUACACAUGCUAGUGUCCGUGCUAAAACUUACUCAUGCAUUGAUUGAUUACCAAAUUACUAGGUAAAAAUGUUGUCCUCAUUGACACGAUGUGCAGUGACCUUGAAGAGGGUCAAUACCUCAAAGGUCUAGGUUUCAUGAUACUUCUUUAGGUCUGAGUACACCCGCUCGUUUCCGUACUUAUGCAUUUCAGGAUUACCAAAAAAACUAUAACUUGGUACAAAUGUUGUCCUUAUUGUGCAAGGAUCUGGACCUGAGUCCAGUAUCUUAUGGUCGAGGUCACAUAUGCCAUUUGAAGGUCAUAGUACACAUGCUUGUGUCCAGGCUUUUUACAUUUAGCAGUGAAGGCAUGUCAAUUAUUAUUAUAUUCAUUGACCUUAUAGAUUUCAUGUACUUUUAGCAACAAUAACUGAAUUGAUCCAAGAACACGUACCAAUUGCAAUUCGUGCUAGUAAUCCAUCAUUACGUUUUGGGUCCAUAUUAUGACAAUGCUAAAUAGAGGAUAAGAUAUUAAUGCUAUUUGAAAGUGUUUCAACAAGUUGCACAGAUUGAUAUUUGGCGCAUUAUAUCAAGCAAUAUCAUUAGGUGAAACAAGCUUAAUAUAUAAAAAUACAAUGGACUCAAAUGCGAUUAUAUAUUUACAACAUGUGUUUUCUCUUCAAAAGCAUUAAAACUAUGUUAUGACGUCACCACAACACAUAUGUAUCACUUGAUCAUAUAUAUUUAAGGCUUGCUAUUUCAUCAAUGUUAUACAUCAAGGACUAAUUCUCCUUCUUAUUUUUAGUCAAAAUAAUCUUUAAGAAUCUUUAAAUGAUAUUGAAGGUUACCGAUCAAACUAAUUGUAUUACCUACAUUUCCACUCUUGACCAGUUGUGUACAAUUUUGGUCAGAUUAAACGUAUCAGUCAUGUUGCGAGAUAAACAAAAUAUACUAAAAAACAACGGUAGGGGACUGCCUUGUUCCAAUUAAUAACUAUAAUAUAGUGCUCUGGCCAAGACCUGAAAAGGGAUGAUUUAUUUAAUCACUUGCAAAGGACAAUGAUCACUACCUAUUGUGUAUGAGCUGCAAAUACUUUUACUAGGUUUGCCAUGAAUACUUUAGCUGUUAUAUAUACUUCAAUGUCAACAGAACGGAUGUUAUUUUAGGAAUGAAUUGUGGGGUUGAUGUCAUUUCGGUUAUCAAUGCAAAUGGGCUGGUCAAAGUGUGUGGAGUCCAAAAGACUUGAUGCAUACUUUGACCAGCCAAAAUGCGUUCAUAUCUCCGAAAAUGACAUCGGUCCUGCAAUUUAUAACUUAUAUUAAAACCAAUAGUUCAUUACUUUGAAAUAACACUUAGUAUUUAGAUAGAUGGCUUGAUAGAAGAUGCAUUGGGCUGGUACCAUAAUCCUUUAAUGCAUAGUUAUAAAAUCCACCCCAACAGCCAUUCUUCACAAUUGGUGCUUGUCCAGGCAAUAACUGCAAAAACUACUGAUGGGACUGAUAUGAUACUUUGUAUUUACACAAAUUGCAAUGAGAGUGAGUGUACUGCACAUUCAUCAUAAGCCUAUCAUUCAUAUUAAGGUAGCACAUUCCUUAUGAGAACCGCCACUUGAAACUUGUUAAGCUCAAUGCUUUUCACCCCUUGCUGUAUACAAACAUGACUACCAAACUUUUGGGGGUUUCAAGGUAGCGCUACGGUUCAAAUACAUCAAUAACCAUCAUAAAUGUUUUUCAUUUUCAUACAUUUCUUGGCAGGAGUUCAUCUGCUCCAUACCUUCAAUAUUGAUGGAUUUCAAUUGCUGCUUUUGUGCUUCAUUCAUUGUAAAUUAGCUUUAAAUUUAUUAUUCAA